AUCGGGGCGACACAGAGGCUCGUGGGACUUGACAAUACGGCUACACCCGCACCCAAAUGCGCACCAGCCCCACUCAACUUCCUAUCCCUAAACGCCAAGGGCUUAAACUCCUCUGAAAAGAGGUCACAUGCACUACACCUCUGUCAGAAAGCGAGAGCCCAUGUGGUCUAUCUCCAAGAAACUCACUUUAAAAUCGACUCUAUACCGAAACUCUGUAACCACAUAUACACCCAGGGAUUCUACAGCAAUAACCCGGACGGGAAAUCUAAAGGGACAGCAAUACUCCUACACAAAUCCAUACCCUUCGUAGCUGACUCGACCACAACGGAUAACUCGGGCAGAUAUGUAUUUGUUAGGGGUAAAAUCCUGGACGAAACCUAUACCUUUGCCAACAUCUACGCCCCAAACACACGACAGGACAAAUUCCUUCAGGACACACUCCGGGCCCUCCACGACUUCACGACAGGCUGUCUGGUCCUGGGAGGGGACUUCAACAUCGCCUUACACCCGACGAUGGACGCAUCCAGGGGCCACUCAUCGACACCCCUCCCCACACCGCUCAAAAUACGGAAACUUCUCCACCAGUACGGCUAG